UGGACGCGGAGGCAGGGGGAUCGUGGGCAGCAGCGGUAAGAACUCUGGCUAGUUCUACCCAUUUCUCGUCACGUCUCCCGGGACCCACUUCCAGGCGGGGUGGUGUGGGCGCCCGCUCGUACUGCAGGAGAAAUCAAACUGGGACUGGAAGCUGCCGAGCCAAUCCCGGAGCAGAUGGGCCCAGUUUCGACCAAUAGUCGCGUGAAUAUUAAUGAAAGCUGACGCGGCGGCGAGCAGGGCUCCAUUCAAAAACAGCAGCCAUUGUCGCCACGGACGCGCGCGUCGCUUUGCAGGUUCGACCUUCUGGUCUUGCGGGGACCGAUACGGGUGGAAGCUGGACGCCCAUGGCCGUGGCGGCGAUGGCCGAGCGUGGCCGCCUAUCGCACGCUGCGCCUGCUCCUAGCACGGAGGGUCUACCGCGAGCCUUUCUCCAGAGCCUGCGCACCCUCUUCGACAUCCUGGACGACCGGCAGCGCGGCUACGUGCACCUGCGCGAGAUCGAGUCCCGCUGGCAAGGUGCAGACGCACGCGAGCUGCCCUGCGGCGUGCUCGAGGGCCUGCGCCAGGUGGCCCCGGCCAAUGGCUACCUGACCUUCGAGCGUUUCGUGGCGGGCUUGCGCACCUCGCUGCUGAACGCCGAUGGCGGCCCGCGGGAUCAGGCCCGCGUCGCUGCCCGGCCUGGGGACCAGUCGUCCCUGCAGCAGCGCAUGAUGUUCGCUCCGGCCGAUGAGCCGCGGACUGUCCUGGAGAGGAAGCCUCUGCCUCCGAGUGCGCGCCCUGCUCCUGCCGGCCCCAGUGGCACCUCCCGGAACCCUGAGCUAUUAUGUGUCGCGUUGGAGGCGGCUCCCUGCCCCACAGAGCCCGAGCGGCCCCCGAGCAAGGCGCUGGAGCGAAUCCCCAGCGUGGAUUCGGGUUCUUCUCAGUGUGACACCCUGCAGAGACAACCGGGCCUGCUUCUCCACCCAGGCAGAGGAGGCGGCACAGGAGCACCUAGCACACGUGCUGAAGAAGGUGCAGCAGCCUGCAAGACCCUGGACACGGGCACAGGUGAGGCCCGGCAGGCUCUGCGGGCCCGAGGCGAGCGUCGAAGGCAUACCAUCACCAAUGGUGUGGACUGCAGUCUGUUGAAGCAGAUGAAGGAGUUAGACCAGGAACAGGAGGUGCUGCUGCAGGGCCUGGAGAUGAUGGCUCGGGGCCGAGAAUGGUACCAGCAGCAGCUGCAGCGUGUGCAGGACCGGCAGCACCGCCUGAGCCAGAGCAGAGCCGCCACCGCCGACUCUGGGGCUGAAGGAAGCCCCCGCCCUCUGGGGAGGUUGCUGCCCAAAGUGCAGGAGGUGGCCCGGUGCCUGGGGGAGCUGUUGACUGCAGCCUGUUCUGGCAGAGCUCUGCCUUUGUCCUCUCUGGGCCCCACCUCACCCUCAACUCCAGUCUGGCAGCAGCAGGCCAUCCUCAUGCUGAAAGAACAGAACCGGCUUCUCACUCAGGAGGUGACUGAUAAGAGCGAGCGCAUCACGCAGCUGGAGCAGGAGAAGUCUGCACUCAUCAAGCAGCUGUUUGAGGCGCGAGCGCUCAGCCAGCAGGACUCGGGGCCUCUGGACUCCACUUUCAUCUAGUCGGCUGUACCUCUAGGACGAGUGCACAGAGACUUGGCUUCAGCUCCGUGGCACUGCUGGGAGCCUGUCUUCUGACUGAAGACCUCAGAGCCCUUGAGGAGGCACCUGCCUCCUCACUUGGGUGCUGCUCACAGAGGUGCUCUGCCUGAAACUGCUGCUUCCCGUUGUCAGUGGGAGGUGGAGGACCAUCCUCAUGUUUACCUGACUUCAGGCAGCCCUUACAGAGAAGGGGGCAUGAUUACAUCUGUCCUGACCCCCUUGCAGGGUUCCCUGGGAUCCAUCACUGGUAUUUAGUAAAAAGUACUGGUCACACUGG